GUCUAGGCUCUACUCUCGACUCCAAUCUACUCUACGUAGUCUACAUGGUCUAGGCUCUACGGAAGGGUUUCGUUUGAACGGUUUCCAUUCAUUGCGCGCACCGGGCCGGCGAACUCCAGAACGGCACAUUCGGGCACGUCACGUCGUUUGCACUUCUAAGUAACUAGUUCCAACCCCCAGCUGCAUCGGCGGAACUCCUUUGUUUGAGUGACUCCCAUUAUCGUGCUGGUCUGGACACACUUCAGCCGAAGUUGAAAUGCAGCGAAAGCCUAGGCCUGCCGCCGCUGGGCCCAGUAGGACUGACAGAGGAGUAUACAUCCGUUCACUGCUAGCUGGCAACUCCGGUGCGAAGAGUGCGCACAGUUUUGCGUUCCUGCAAAAAGCUGACUAUGAGAGCGCACAAGCGGCACUCACAAGACACAAGAGUGCAUCGGAGCUCGGUGGAAAGCAAGCAAAGGGUAUGAAAGAGGCGGCGAAAGCAUCUCACGAGAAGUUCCUCUGCGCCGAGCACCGUGCAGUGUACCGCAAGGAGCUGGAGCUGCUCAAGACGGCUUGCCGAGACGCGAACGCUUCAAGCACCACCACACAUAUGCAGAUUGUGCGCAAUACGGAUGAUGCUUCAAUAAUGGAGUACUGCCAAUGGUGGCAUGCACAUGCACAGGCACCGUCGCUAGCGGAGGACGUACUUCAUCCGCAUGCGUCCCCGCAAGCACAGCGUUCCAGCACAGCACAUGGCUGUGAGAGUACGGAGAACACUCGUGACAUGGUCAUCCUGGCCACAACUCAUGUCCUGGGCGUUCACGAAUCCCUACAGAGACAGUGCAGCCUGGUAUCGCAGUUGGGAGAGGACGGUGCUCGGCUUAUGCUUCGCACCGAUAGCGCCGCCCUGAAGAAAUCAGUCGAGUCGUUGAAAGCUCUGACCGAUGAUGUUGGAAGCGCUUUGCAAACUGCAGAAGAUGAGCUGAACCAGGCACUGGCCAAGUUCCCGGAGCCGGCUGCUGCCUCUUCCGUGAACACCACCUUGCAGUGUUGUGGUGAACAGGACCCAUUGUACUUCUCAAGGACCAGUGCCGGGGAACGUUUGUGUUCUGAAGUGUCAUCCUGGGAUUGGCCAUCGGAGGAGCUACGCUGCACUGCUCUACAGGAAUGUCACCAUCUAAACUCGCAGCUGAGCAGCAACAUCGAUAGUUUGAUGGAGAAAUAUGCCAGUAUACUAAGACCGGACACGCGACACUGGCCAUGCCCAGACAGUGAUUACUUCAACCGUGUCAUCGCACAGUAUGAAGCAGUGGCUAAAAACCGGUAUACCCUGCUUGUGGACCGGUGUCGACGACAGUUUCCACGAUACAGCAAGAAGGAGAUCGAUGAUCAGUACCAGUGGUGUUUGUCUCAUCGCUACUUCCACUAUCGUCUGGACAGCAUGGCCCGUGACAGUGCUGCACAGCGUGAACGACUAUUGACGUAUCUGCAAGCCACGCUCAGAGAGAACGCCAGUGCUAUUGCCGAGGUGCAGGCAGUCGAGCAGCUGCACUCAGCGCAAACAGAGCUGUGCAAGCGGCUCAACGAGCAGCUUGCGACAAUGAGAUCACUCCGUGCUGAGGAAGCCAAGCUCCAGGAGGCCAUCCAUGCCUUUGAGCAAGAAAAGCAACUGGAGAACGCAAGGCGGCAAGAAGAAGAUGCAAAGAAGAAACGUGACGCGACGAAGAGAAAGGUGGAGGUAUUCCAAAAGCAAAAGGAAGACAAACAAGCUCGAGUCCAUGCGGAGAAUGUCAAGAAGCUGGCUGAGCUGCAGGCUGUCUUGGCAGAACAACUCAAACAUGACCGUGAGAGGGUUGCGUUCCGCAAGGAUCAGCUUGAGCAACGCGUUGAACUGCAGCAACGCGAGAAGCACAGACUGCGGCAGUUGAGCGAGGAGAGAGAACGACGCCUCGAUGAACUGAGGGCUACGGUGGCCGUCAAUGUUGCCGACGAUCCAACACGAGUGCUGCAAGACACUGAGGCUUCCGCCAAGCAUCGCCAUGAUGCCGUUCUGGAUGGCAGCGCAUUGCCAAUGCAGCAGCCGCUUUUCGAUGUAAAGUCGUUCACCUCUGAAAAGGUGAUGGCUGACCCACGGAUGCGUAUAUAUGAGAUGCUCCAAGACCAGGGACUUCACCAGUCGGAGUACGCUUCAAGGGUUAUGGCGUCGCUGCCUCCCACACGUCCACAACGUCCGGAUCAAAAGACUACACAUCGCUUCACGGAGCAGUGAAUGAGAUCACAACAAGGACAACCCAUCGCUUCGUGGAGCAGUGAAUGAUCAUUGAUCACAACAAGGACAGCCCGUUGCUUCGUGGAGCAGUGAAUGAGAUAGUAACAAUGACUAACUACACAUCGCAACAAGCCAUGAUGUCUAGGUAGCAUUUCAAAAAAUUAUUAUAGAGUGUCCAUUGACUGAACACCGCUUCUGAUCUCAAUAUUAGUAUGCAAUCUGUAUUAGCACAAAUGCGUCUGCUGGCCGUCUUCUGCCUUAUUUCAAUUUUUCAGCUAGCAAGCACACGGUCAUGGUGAGCGAACCAACAUCUCUUUUUAUAAUAGCUCUGGAUCUCUAGGCUAGCUAGAUCCCUGUGAGCGUUCCACUGUAUGCACAACGCACAUGCACACACUACUACUGCAACGCACAUGCGAACUAGAGCCACAUACUUUCCCCUCCCCCUACACACAUCGCACGCACUGAAGACAAAAAAUAAGUGUAUUUUGUUUAAGGUGCACAUAAUCUAGCUAACACUCGGUAAGAAACACAGGCCACCUACUCUUGUUCUCUGAACACAGGCCACCUACUCUGUUCUCUGAACACAGGCCACCUACUCUGUUCUCUGAAUGCAGGCCACCUACUCUGAACAGAGUAAUCAAUAAAGAGCUCAAAAGACAAGAACUAAACUUUCAAGCUGGAUAAAAACCAAGACCUCACAAUUAAAUAGAGAGAACAUACACAUGAUACAUAAACAGCCAAUUUAUCUCAUGAUCAAGUGGAUUCAAAAUUCAAAAAGUCAGAUGCUACCUGAUUCGGAUUAUGUCCUA